GCACUGCCUACUCGACAGCUGGGCUCCUCCUGACGAUGGUGUUGGGCGAGCAAGAGCCAAACUUGCAUUCCGAUUCCAGACAGCCAGAAGUGAUGUAACUUUGAAGGCUGUGGAAAUUGAACUGUAUGUUGACUCACUGUCCAGUCGGCAGCUGGGCUCUCCUGAUGGUGCUUUUGAGCGAGCAGGAACCUGACGCAAAUUCCUCGUAUCAAAGGCAGUCUUGUGUAGGCAUUUGGCAAGCACAAGAAUCAACCCUACUACCGCAGAUAUGCUCGUGUCGUGACUCGAGGGAGGUUGCAAGGACCUGGAUGCGGUUAGACGAUGAUCGCAGACGAGGGUUCUAACACGAAGCUAGGUAGUGGUAGGCAGGCUAGAGUGUCUGACCGGAGGACACUCAGCGAUAGUAAUGAAAGGUGUCAAUUCA